GUCCUGUCAAAGACAUUUACACCUGAUCCUCUUCAACUCCAAUGUAGUUGAAUAAGUAGUAGUAUAAGAGCAUACAGGUCGUUCACCUGUUUCUAUUCCCUUUUAUCCUAGACAUUUUGGCGAAGUAGAAAAUGUCCUGUGUGAGAGCUGUGCGAGGUCUGGCACCCGUCUGUGGCUUUCAGCCUCUUGCUGUUUUAUCUCGCGGUGUCAGUUUCUCUCCGCGCCAAGUCACAUCCGACGCCAGUUUUCACUCGGUGUCCUUCUCUGAAUCUGAUCAUCCCAGAGUUCUCAUUACCGGAGGUCUGGGUCAGCUGGGAGUAGGGCUGGCCAAACUGCUCAGGAAGCAGUUUGGAAAAUAUAAUGUUAUUCUGUCUGAUAUCAGGAAACCCUCAGCUGAUGUUUACCAAAGCGGUCCCUUUAUAUAUUCUGAUGUUUUGGACUAUAAGAACUUGUGUGAGAUUGUUGUAAACAACCGCAUCUCGUGGUUGAUUCACUACAGCAUCCUACUGAGUGUGGUCGCAGAAGCCAAUGUGUCUAUCGCUCGUGACGUCAACAUCACUGGGUUGCACAAUGUCCUUGAUGUCGCCACAGAACAUGGGCUCCGUCUUUUCGUCCCCAGCACUAUUGGAGCCUUUGGCCCCACGUCCCCUCGUAACCCAACCCCAGAUCUGUGCAUCCAGCGUCCGCAAACCAUUUACGGAGUGUCCAAGGUUCACGCUGAGCUAAUGGGAGAGUAUUACCAUCACAGGUAUGGUCUUGACUUCCGCUGUCUCAGAUACCCAGGAAUCAUUUCUGCAGACUCUCAACCUGGGGGAGGAACUACAGACUAUGCUGUUCAGAUCUUCCAUGAUGCUGUGAAAACGGGUAGAUUUGUGUGCAAUCUGAGGCCUGACACGAGACUCCCCAUGAUGUUCAUUGAUGAUUGUCUGAGAGCCACACUGGAGUUUCUGGAAGCUCCUGCUGAGACGCUGUCCAUGCGAACGUACAACAUCAGCGCCAUGAGUUUCACUCCAGAGGAGCUGGUACGAGAAAUCAAGAAGCAGCUGCCAGACCUGCAGGUCACCUAUGAGAUUGACCCAGUUCCACAGGCCAUUGCUGACAGCUGGCCAAUGGUCUUUGAUGACGGCAAUGCCCGCAGUGACUGGGGCUGGAAACACAACUAUAGUUUGCCAGAGCUGGUUCAGACGAUGCUCAAAUUCACUGGCUCAGACUCCAGAAUGGCUCGAGCCAACUGAACACCAUCUGCUGUCAUGUGUUUGAGUUUAGCUGAGAUGUUUGGGACCUAAUGGAACGGAUGGUAAUUGGGCUCUGCAGUAUACUAUGUAGCGUACUGAGGUUAAUGAAGGUCAAACUUUCUGCCUUUUUCCAUAUGUAGCGCAUAUUUGCACACUUCUUCCUGGUAAAGUAAACCAAAGAUUUACAGGGUUCAAUUAUAUUCUUAUUUUCCUCAGUCAGCUUAAUAAUUUAUUAAUCUUCCUGAUGAUAUAUUUUAUAUUAUUUAAGCUUAAAUUUGUUUUCUGUAGCAAGCUGUGUGAAAUAAUCUGCUUUUGUUUUUGUUGGUAAAUUGCGGUACAGAUUUUCUUUGUUCUGCUCAAAUAAUUUCCAGUACCGUUCAAAAGUUUGAGGACAGAAAGAUUUUUAUUAAAAAAUAAUAAUAAUAUUAAUUUUGCUCUGCAAAGUUUCUUUAAAUUAAUCAGAAGGAACAGUUAAGACAUUUAUAAUGUUGCAAAAGAUUUCUGUUUCAAAUAAAUUCUGUUUGGAAAAAAAACGGAACUGUCAUAGUUUCCACAAAAAUAUGAAGCAGCACAACUGUUUUCAACAUUAAUAAUAAUUAGAAAUGUUUCUUGAGCAACAAAUCAGCAUAUUAGGAUGAUUUCUGAAGGAUCAUGUGACACUGAAGACUGCAGUAAUGAUGCUGAAAAUUCAGAUUUGAUCUCAGGAAUAAAUUACAUUUUCAAAUAUAUUACAAUAGAAAAGAGUUAUAACAUUUCAUAAUAUUACUUUAACUUUCAUUAUAUAAAUGAAGCCUUGGUGAACAGAGGAGACUUCUUUAAAAAACAUUAAAAUCUUAUAGACUCCAAACUUUUGAAUGGUAGUGUAUACUUAUGAAGUUGUGUGUAAUUGUUUGGAAAAAAUGUAAUGUCCUAGUAUAAAACAAUAAUUCUGAAUAUGGUGCUAUUUCUGAAAAAUUUAAUAGCUUCUUAGUUUUAUUAAAAUAACUUUAUCAUGGUGCUUAGAGUGUAACUGAAUUCGAUUUUUUUCGUACUUUAAAGAACACUUUAUCUAAUUAUAAAGACUUAACAUUUUUAAACGUCAUCUUUUGUGUGUACCAGAAAAAAGAAAGUCAUACAGGUUUGAAAUUCACAACUCAUUUUUGGACAAACUUUCCCUUUAGGUUUGAUUUUGGCUUGAAGAAAUUUGCAACAGUAGUGAAACAUCACUGCCAAAAUGUUCAUAUGCUUAAUGAAAUGCGGUCAUUAAAACCAGAGCUGCUGCUGGUUUUUUAUGGCCACUGCAAAAUUUUAGAAACUUUUUUUGGUAGUGGUUGU